AUGUCAGAUAUCCGAUCCAAAAGCGCCAACUUCCUCGGCGACUCCAUUGCCGCUGCUACAGGCGGACAGGAUGCCAGCGUAGCAUCGGCACAGCUCGAGCAAGCCGUCUUUGACAAGUUCGGCCAGUCCACCUCCAACGACUACCGAGGCGACGUCCGCAACAUUGGCCUGACGCUCAAGAAGGACAACACACAGCUGGCUCAGGAUCUGGUCCAGGGGAGAAUUGCCCCGGAACAGCUGGUCAAUAUGACACCCGAGGAGCUCAAGACAGAAGAACAGGCCAAGAAAGAUCAGCAGCUCCGUCAACAGAAUCUUGAAGCGUCCGUUGGCGUCGAUGAACUGGAUCCAGACCGUGGCCCCACUGUGACCUACGAACAGGGCAUCUCGCGCAUGCAGGAAGACGGCAUGGAGAAAUACGGUGAAGCCGGCGAAUUGUCGCUUGGCGGCGGUGGCGAGGGCGACUUCAAGGCCAGAGCGCAACCCAAAGUUGGCGAAGCGAUGCGUGGUAUCGAGUUCGAGACCGGUGUAUAA